UGUACAUCGAGCUGCUGCUGCUGAAGCAUCUGCAGAGCUGUUUGCAUUUUUCUUGUUCCAUCCCUAAAACCGGGACUGAAGAUAGUCAUCAUCACCGCUGCUGAGGAUGUGUGAGAGUAUUUCGAUGCGAGUUCGGAUCGGAUGGAUUCAAUGAAAGGAAUAAUCUUAGCGAGGAGGAAAACCAUGACAGGCAUCCUGCUCCCCUGACGAUUCUCGGGUAUGCAGUCAUAGUUUGAGGCCGGACAUGAUUUUAAUCUCAGGAGUUGCUUUAGUGGAUGCGGGAUGGUGCGCGCCGCACCCCGAGAUAUAUUGAUAAGGUGAUCACACAGCUCUGUCAUUGAAAGCCUGUCAACCGCACCGGAUUUUUCCUGGACUGUGGCGCACAGUGAGCAUCUUGUUUAUUUAUUUGUUUAACUCACUAACUGUUUGGAGGACCUUCUGAUGUGGAGGGAUUGUGCCGUUUUGACCAAAAGGAUCAACUGAGCACUGUUGCUCUCACCCAGAGAGGAGAACCAGGAGCAUCUCACCUGUCAACACAAUACGAACCUUUCAUCAUGGCUGAGAGGACACUGGAUCAGGUCUCCGUCAGCAUUCCCAUGGAGGAGACCAAAAUCCCCAGCGGCGCGCCUCCAGACGCCCCGCUGCUCAUCCACUUGAAGAAAGUGGAGAACCACAUCACUGAGGCUCAGCGCUUCUCCCACCUCCCACGCCGCUCUGCUGUGGACCUGGAGUUCAACGAGCUGUCCUACACCAUCCGGGAGGGCCCCUGGUGGAGGAGGAGAGGUUACAAAGCCUUACUGAAGUGUCUGUCGGGAAGAUUCAGAAACAAGGAGCUGAUCGGCAUCAUGGGGCCUUCUGGAGCCGGGAAAUCCACCCUGAUGAAUAUCCUGGCGGGGUACAGAGAGACGGGCAUGAAGGGCCAGAUCCUGGUGAACGGUCGACCCAGGGACCUGAGGACCUUCAGGAAGAUGUCGUGCUACAUCAUGCAGGACGACAUGCUGCUUCCUCACCUCAACGUGCGGGAGGCCAUGAUGGUUUCUGCCAAUCUGAAACUGAAUGAGAUCAUGCAGGUCAAAAAGGAACUUGUGGAUGAGAUCCUGACUGCUCUGGGUCUGCAAGAGUGCGCUCAGACACGCACCAACGCUCUCUCCGGAGGUCAGUGUAAAAGGCUGGCCAUCGCCCUCGAGCUGGUCAACAACCCGCCUGUCAUGUUCUUUGACGAGCCCACCAGUGGUCUGGACAGCUCGUCCUGCUUCCAGGUGGUCUCCCUCAUGAAGUCUCUGGCUCUGGGAGGAAGGACAAUCAUCUGCACCAUUCACCAGCCCAGUGCCAAGCUCUUUGAGAUGUUUGAUAAGCUCUACAUCCUCAGUCAGGGUCAGUGCAUAUACAAGGGCACAGUCCCUUACCUCAUCCCUUAUCUGAAGAGCCUAGGCCUCCACUGCCCGACGUAUCACAAUCCUGCUGACUUCAUCAUUGAGGUGGCGUCAGGGGAGUAUGGGGAUCUGAAUUCAGUGCUGUUCGAGGCGGUCCAGGGUGGACUGUGCUCCGAUGCUAGCAAGAAGAACUCCGGAGACAAAAGUGACUCCUCCUGUCCCUCUUCAUGUCCCAGUGAGAUAGGAACCCUUGAGAAACAUAGCUUUGCUACCAGUACAUUCACACAGUUCCGCAUCCUCUUCAAAAGGACCUUCAUUACGAUAUGCAGGGACAUGGUGCUGACCCACCUAAGGGUGAUGUCCCACAUCUGUAUUGGCGUGCUGAUUGGCUUGCUUUAUCUCAAGAUUGGAAAUGAUGCCAGCAAGGUCUUCAACAACACUGGCUUCCUCUUUUUUUCCAUGUUGUUCCUCAUGUUUGCUGCACUGAUGCCCACCAUCCUAACAUUUCCUCUGGAGAUGUCCGUGUUCAUGCGGGAACAUCUCAACUACUGGUACAGCCUGAAGGCCUAUUACCUGGCCAAAACCAUGGCUGACAUACCAUUCCAGGUGAUUUGUCCGAUCUUGUACUGUAGUAUUGUGUACUGGAUGACUGAGCAGCCUCCAGAGGUGGGACGCUACCUGCUCUUUAUGGCUUUGUCCACUUCCACAGCCUUGGUGGCGCAAUCCCUAGGUCUGCUUAUAGGGGCUGCAUCUACAUCUCUGCAGGUGGCAACCUUUGUGGGUCCAGUCACAGCCAUACCAGUACUCCUCUUCUCCGGCUUCUUUGUCAAUUUUGACACCAUUCCCAAAUACCUGCAGUGGAGCUCGUACGUUUCCUAUGUCAGGUACGGCUUUGAGGGGGUGAUACUCUCCAUCUAUGGGAUGAACCGGUCGGAGCUGGAGUGCCCGGGCCUGGUGUGUAAGUUCCAAAAACCAGAGGAGGUCCUGCAGCUGCUGGAUGUGGAGGAUGCAAAGCUCUACGUUGACUUCAUGGUGCUGGGCGGUUUCUUUGUGGUCCUCAGACUGGCAACUUACCUGGUUCUGCGCUACAAAGUCAAGUCAGAGCGUUAGGACGUCCAGAGGCUGACGGCUUUGGAUGUUUGCACAUAUCCCAGCAGUGUGAGAUGGUUAGCAAACAUAUAGUGUCUCAUUCUUCGUCUCAAACCUUUCAUACAGUACAUGUACAAAGACAUACACAACUCCAGCACAUAAACACAUCCGAAGCUGUGCUGCAACACCAAACUGUACAGAGUAAUAUUAUCUUUUAGACAGUUUGUUUUUGCAAGAAAGGGAACAUCUCUUUCUUCCCAUUAUUAUCCUUCAGGUAAUAGUAUUUUUCAAAUCACCAUUACCUUCCAAAACUAUUGUGUAUCUGCACUAUACAUAAACUGAAUACCGAACAAAGUAACAAAAAGCAUGUGUCUUUAAACUGAGAAAUUGUGGCCAGUCCAAGAAAGUGCCACACGAAUCAUAAGCUCAAGCGUCGGGUUUAUGGGGAGCCAUAGAACCACCACCUUGGUGCAGGAGGGUACAACAACGUGUAGCUUCUCAAUCAAAUGCCUGAAAAGAUCAUCAUAACAUCUGACUCCACAUCAGCAUCAGAUUUCAAGACGGACAUCUUCAAAAAUGCCAUUAGGAAAAAAGGAAACUCACAGAGCCAGAACAGAAAACUUUUUCUUGCUCUUCUGUAGAAACAUCCCAUCAGGUACCAGGACGAUGAACUUUAUGGCUUUUCUUUACCGAACGACACUUUAACAAACCACUGAAUCAUUUUUGCAGGACUUUCAGCCCUACCAUUGCUGGUGGUAGAACCCAGGCCUCUGAUUCAUUUCCAUAAUAUAACACGUUUGUCUCAUUGUGGAAGCAUCCAGAAAGCAAGCAUGGCUGCUGUCUCCAGCUGCUGCACAGAGGGAGUACGGUGAAGUGCAACAGCCUGUAAAAAAAGUCUAAUCAGUGUCCCUCUUUCGACACAGUUUUUUGAACUGCUUGUUUCCACUCAUUCUCAUUGUAUGACUCUUUAGCUGCCUCCUCCCUUGAACUCCUUCUCUUUCUCUCUGCUUUGCUGAUGUCUGACAGAUGUGUGUUGUCCGAAACAAUGCUAGAUAUCUUGAAACGCUGGCUGGGCAGUUUUUCGUGCCUCCGAACUAGAAUGAUUUGAGUUUCCUCUGCUUUAUUGUUUGCACAUACACCUUAUGUCAACACACACACACACACACACACACACACACACACACACACACACACACACACACACACACACACACACACACACACACACACACACACACACACACACACACACACCCAUGGCAAUGUUUAGAAGAGCCUUUCCUUGUUGCAGGGCAAUGCAAAUAUUUUCCAAUAGACUUGCUAUGAAAUAUUUCUUACUUAAACUAUGCUACUUAGUAAUCCUUAUUAUAAUGCAUAAAACAAUGUGGGUAUAUAAUCAAUGAUUGUACAGUGAGUAUGUCAUGCUGUAAACAAAUGUACAUUUUGCACUUUUCAAUGUAUGUUUAUCCUUUAUUUUUAUUUAUUUUACUUUAUUUUUAUAUAUCUAUGUGAUGAGCGCUGCUUGAUAGUAUAAUGGGAAAACAGCAACCGAAUGUUGCAUGUCCAAAUUAGGAAUGAAAUUUAUGAAAUAGUAAAUUUCAGAGUAAAGCGUAACGAGUUCCUUUUUCUCAUCCAAAUGUAUGUAUCCUGCCGUGGAGAUGCAAAUACUCUGCUUUCUGCUGAACACUUUUAGAAUAUCUGGGACAGAGUGCGUCACUGGUGCAGAUUAAAAGAAAAAAGAAAAAGAGAAUCAGGAGUGAGAAUGUGAUGUAGAAAAAUGUGUGAAAUGUGCUGGAAGGAAGAAGACAAGAGACAGCCAAAUGUAUAAUUAUGUAGCUGAAGAGACUGGCGGUGUCUUUAGAAACUGGAGGAGAGAGCAGUGAUCGCUGAUCUGCUUCACUGUUCAGCAGGUGGAGUCCUGCAGACAGAGGGCUGCAGGUGGACGUCUGGAUCCUGUCAUUAAUAGCAAUAGUUAACAUUGUGAUGCUAGUUAUACCUCCCAAAGCUGUGGCAUCAGUCAUAUGUUGUUUACUGAGAGCUUGAUUUGAGACUUUUUUUGUUCCUAACCCUUUUAUUAUGUGCAAUAACCAUCCAAUGGUGUUUUCAUGAAGGGAGUCCUGCAGUCUGUCUCUUUCUUAUCUUUUAUUAUGUUUUUGAAAAGACCCUGUUGAGGGUUCAAUAAGAGGGACAGAAGCAGAUCAAUAAUAUUAAAACGUACUGUAGACGGGUCUCCAUAAGCUGAAAAUACCAGUGAUAUUUACCACUUUAAUGUCAGACUCCGUCAAAGUUCUCAAGUGAGUGCAGGAAAAUGUAUAAAAGUUUUAGGGCCAUUACAGCAGAGAUGUGUUUUAUUCUUCCACAAAUUACACGAAAAGCCCAAGAGUUGGUAGCAGACCUGCAAGGAUGACUUUGUAUGGAGAAGAUAAAGAGCUAUAACCCUGGAGAAAAGCAGGGAUAAUUAGCAGCGUUGCAGUCAUUAACAAGUCUGGGAACGUCUCGGCCUCAGGUCUUAAUGACUGUGGUACCAAAGAAGAAAACAAAUUAUCCUUCCUCUGCUGCGAAAUGUGAAAGUGUGAGGGUUCAUCUCUCAGCAAAAUGUCAUUGUCAAAUCUUUUUCAUUACAUUUCUGGCCAAAGAAUGAGCUCUGAAAAGCCGCCCACAAUGUUUGGUGUAAUUUAAAUCCCACUGGAUUUUUCUGCUAAUUGGAUUUUCAAUCUAUCCUGAAAUUGUUUCUUGAGAUUUUUAUUUUCCAUUGUCAUUUUUAGGUCUUAAAAGUGAUCACUGAUAAAUAUUAUUUGGCUCCAGUGGAGAAAAAUCACAGGUGAGCAGUAUUGUGGAAGUGUGCAGGAUGCAGCUGAUGAGCGAAGCUUGUUCACUCUUCUUUCACACUUUUAAUUAUCAUGUCACUAUUCCACCUGUUAUAAUAAGCCACCUGAAAGUGCACUCUAACAUGCAUGGUUACUGAUUAUAUGCAGGCUAUUCCUGCAGAGCGUUGCGAUGGUCUGAUUGAUAGUGUUGGAAGGCUGUUCAACACUGACUGUCUUUUUAAAAUUUUUGUUUUAUACAUUUUGUUUAUCAUUUACAGAUUAACUAAUGGUUUCAUAACAAAAAAAUGCAAGUUCUCUAUACUGAACGCUGUUCCAAGGAUUAUAAUAAAGAUCAUUUAUAACCUUUGCCCUUGCUCAGAGAGAUGAUUCGGUCAAACAUCAGACUGAGUUCAUUUGUGGGGCUACACAUGGCCACAAAGAUAAUUAAGUUAACAUCUAUUUGGUAAUAAGUGGUUCUUAUUUCACAAGUGUAUGUCAGUAAGAUCAAUUAAUUACAGUUUCUCCAUGCACACAGGUUAAUAGGGCACUGAUGUAGUCUACUGGAAUUUGUAGGGGCCCUAUUAUACUCAUUUUCAGGUUUGUGUUUGUAUUUUUGACCUUUACUGUUACAUGUUGACAUGCUUUAAUGUUCACACUGCCUUUGCAGCACUUCUUUUCACCCUCUGUCUGAAACCAGAAGCUUGGUUGGGGUUUCAUGUCACGUAUUAAUAUAAAAAAAAUCUCUUUUAUUAAAGCAAAUACCUCUUACUUUAUA